GAAUUAUGAAGUGCUGCUUGAAAAAAUGAUGCGAAACGAAAAUUUCUCACGCUUUCUCGUGCGGCUGGCUGCACUGGGCCGUCGCUAGCAUGCAGCUACCGGGGCGCUCCGGGGAGGCAGGCUUGGUUAGCUGCGGAGCGCUGGAAAUCACUAAAACAGCGUGCAGUCAAGGCGAAAAGGCUGUUCAGAAGGCGAAGUUGAUGAGCUCAUGACUAUUUCAGCUAGAGGAGCCACGCCCACAGCACUGGUGAACUUAUGAAGACCCGUAUACCGCCGGUAUCUGGUACGGUCACCAUCAGUCAUGAAGGUAGUCAUCCUUGCUGCCGGGUACGGAACCCGUCUCCAGCGUGACAUUGGGAAGGACACCACCGGUGACUAUGCCCAUCUAGCGGGUCUCCCUAAACCUCUGGUACCCAUAGGUUCCAAGCCUCUCAUCUCACACUGGAUGAAGGAUCUGACUGAGCAUGGCAUCACUGGACCAAUUCUUGUGGUGACCAAUGAUUUCUACAAGGAUCAUUUUGAAUCAUGGGCCCUCAAUUGGAAGUGUGUUCACUUGAUCAGCGACAGUACUACCUGUAAUGAUGAUAGAAUUGGAGCUGUGGCUUGCUUCCAGUUGGCCGUGAAAGAAGGAAACAUUGAUGAUGAUGUACUUGUGAUAGGAGGGGAUACCCUCUUUUAUGAUGACUUCUCCCUGUCUGAUUUUCUAGCUGCCUUUCAGAAGAGAAAAGAGAGUCAUCCUGGAGCCAGCAUGGUUGUUUCCAAUCAUGUUCCUUGUGAAGAGGUUGUGAAAAGAGGUAUACUGGAAGUCAAUGAUGAGUUAAAGGUUACUGGAUUCUUGGAAAAGCCAAACCUGGAAGACACCAACUCCAGGAGAGCUUGUCCAUGCUUCUAUCUAUUCUCCAAAGAGAGCUUACCUCAUCUCGAUAGCUUUCUAUCAGAGCCAAGACCAAUGAAGGAAAGAGACGCAACAGGGAACUUUGUGAAAUAUCUCUACUCAAGGAUGCCAGUAUAUGUGUAUGAUAUCUCAGGACGAUUUGAUGUUGGGUCCCUGGAAGACUAUAAAGUGUGUCAUAAACAUUUCUUGGAGAAAGAGAACAGAUAACAGAAACAUUCUGUCAUCCCAUCACCAAAGGAAACAACUCUGUGGAAUGAGUUUACAAGUAAAUGAGGGAAACUUUGUCGUUUUAUGUGGAAAUAUUUAGAGUUACUGGAUUUUGAAACAUGUACAUGUAUUUUUCAGAAAUUAUGGGUUAUAUAACUCCAAUUCAUUAGCAUCAUGUUGAGUAUACAGAAAUAUCCCAAAGCAAGUAAGAAGUCUAUUUGGAAAAAAUAGUUGCUUACUUUUGUCAUUGGACAGCAGCAUUCCUUUCAAGUAUUCAUUAUACCGAGUUCUCAAUGGCAGACAAAACAAAUAAAUAGUUGACACUGCCAAUAUCAGUCCAACAGGAUGAUCUUUCUAAAACUUAUUUAUUAGGUAGUGCACUACUGUCAUUACCCUGGCUUCAGCUUGAGCUGCUGCUUUCAGUGCUUAGUGCAUUCAAGGAAUUAAUCCUGCCAGGUUUGCAGGGAGCAAUUCACCUCGCCUGGGUUGAGUGCAGCACAAUGUGGAUAAAUUUCUUGCUGAAGGAAAACAUGCCAUGGUUGGGAUCUGAACCCACGUCCCAAUGUUUGAAAAACGAGAGUCAGGACUACCAGACCAUGACAUAAUAGAAACCUCUGUGAUAGCUAAUGAUUGUGCUGGUUAGUAACCCACAAUCUAUCUCUCAUCUUGACUAAAGGGUUUGCCAUGUUGCACUAACUUGUACGUGUAGUUAAAAAUACACAUCAUGCAUUUAAAAUAUUUUCAGAAAACCAUUCUGAAUAAGGAUCAAAGUAUUGAUAGCUUAGAUACUGUAUACCUGUAUGAAACAUCUCAAAUGUUUAUAAAGUAUAUUAUCGCAUUGUAAAGAUUUCUGAAUAUUUUUAUAUGAUUAUUUAGUAUUAAAAGUAUGCUAUUAUAUGAGAACCUA